CAGCCUUCGACAACGACUGUUACAACCCAAGUGUCGAGUAUAAUUUGCCCCGAUUGACAGACUGUCGAGCUGCACUCGAACCGUACGCUCAAUUGAUUCAGCAAAAAGUUCGUCAGGCCCACGAAAUAGCCGAGCAAAGCAGACAAGUCCAAGUACAGUUGAAUGCGCCAUUCCCUGCACAGAGUUGAGACGAGAAAUCGAACCGCCGAACGAGCAUUACCGCCAGCUCUUGUCGAAAUUUAGUUGGAUUACAUCAUUGUUGCAAUACGAUUGUCCUGAAUAUUUAUGUCUUGGUCAACAACUUGAGCCCUCCCCGCCUGCUUCGCACCACCAAACCUUACGAUGUCUUCAAUAUUCUCUCUCCGCGGGCUCUUUACCCGCCAGCCUGCUUCUACGACGCAAACGACUCGUCUUUUCUCUACCACAGCAAAUAUGCUUGCUCGCACACCUCCCAAGGCCGCGCCGAAGAGCCCCAAUGCUGGCAAGGUCCCUCCUCGUCGAAAGCACGCAGCCCCGAAAUCCGAAAACUUCUACCGCAUCCGCACGCUCCGCCAAAAUAUGUUCUCUCCCGCUCCCCCUCCUCUACGAAUGGCCCGUCUUCGAUACCUCCGCCACUGGACUAUUCACCGCGCUUGGCAGCUAUACCGUCGACAGCAGCAUCUAGCAACUGAGCAGGAACGCUCUCGCAUCUUCAGCGGCAUGUACAAUGCCUGUGAAGAGCUGCGCAAAACAGUUGGACCCGGAAACAGAGACGAGGGCUACCUGUACCGUGUUGCUAUGGAAAAGAAGGGUGUCUGGGGUCUUGACGCAAUUCCCAUUGAGUAUGCGCGUUACCAAACAGACCACCCAGCUAAGAACGCAUGGAACCACGACUGGAAGAGGAACAGCGACUAAAGCAUGGUUUACAAAAAAUGUAUUUAGAAAAAAGUGUACUGUAUGUAUGAUAAGGCAGCUGUCGAACGAUAGUGGUUAGAAAGCCAAUGUUUACGAUUCCCAUUAAGCCGAGGCAAGAAAACAUAGGACGUUUA